GUCUCUCAUCUAUGCGAGAAUUGUUCCCACAGCAGUUAUUUGUGUCGUCACCUAUGGAAAUCCAACGACGAUUCAUUUACGGUCAAACUCGUCAAGACAAACAACAUUACCGCUCAAAUCUGUUCGAAUUCAUCUAUUCACAGGAGCAGAAGGACGAGAAGUCAACAAGAACGUUCGUCGUGAACGAAACGGACUUGGCCCACUGUGAGUCCAGACAUGAGCUCAUGUUAUAUCAUGACGGGCUCACAUACAAUCCUUGCGACAUCCUUCCUAGUGUGAUCGACUUUCCUGCUCAUGAUGUGAAGCUCGACACACAAAUAACGGAAAAUAACCGAAUAAAUACGCCUUUGAUGUCCUCGGCCACGAAUACGGUAACGGAAAACGGAAUGGCGAUCGCCAUGGCACUCUACGGUGAUAUGGGUAUUAUACUUGCAGUCUUCGCAAUAUUAGAAGACCUGGAAAGAUAA